AUGACAAACAAUAAAACACAAUGUUGUAUAUGUAAUAAAGAUAAAAUAACAUAUCUUUGUGAAGGAUGUUUGCAAAACUUUUGUUUAUUGGAUUUAAUAGAACAUAGACAAAUAUUAAUUGAAGAAUUACAUCAUAUUAUUGAUAAUUAUGAUCAAUUUAAACAAAGAAUAGAUGAACAAAAAGAAAAUCCAGAAAGUUUUUCAUUAAUAGAACAAAUUAAUCAAUGGGAAAGAAGUUCAAUUGAAAUAAUAGAACAAAAAGCACGAGAGUGUAGAGAAAUUGUCUUUAAAUCUUCAAAAACAUAUUUGAAUGAUAUAGAAAAGAAAUUGAAUGGUUUAAAUGAACAAAUAAAACAAAUUCAAGAAGAAAAUGAAUUUAAUGAGAUUAAUUUAGACUAUUUAAGGAAUGAAUUAAUAAAAAUUAGACAAGAAUUAAAUAAUCCAUCAAACAUGUCUAUUCAACAAGAGUCCCAACCAUUCAUUAAUGAAAUUUCAGUUAUUUCAUUAGAAAAAAAAUCAAAAUUCAACAAAUGGAAACAAAAUGCCAUCACUGUGGCUGGUGGAAACGGAUUUGGACAGAAACUGAAUCAAUUUAAAUAUCCUUGUGGGAUCUCUAUUGAUGAAAAGAAAAAUAUUGUUAUUGCUGAUUUUGAAAAUCAUCGAAUUCUUGAAUGGAAAUGUAAUGAAGAAGAAGGAGAAAUUAUUGUAGGUGAAAAUGGACAAGAAAAUCGAAUGUAUCAAUUGAAUCAUCCAACAGAUAUAAUUGUUGAUCAACAAAAUCAUUCCAUCAUCAUUGCUGAUUGUUGGAACAGACGAGUGAUUCAAUGGUUAAAUGAAGAUCAACAAAUUCUCAUUGAAGAUAUUGACUGUUUUGCUUUAGCAAUGGAUAAAAAUGGAUUUCUUUAUAUUUCUGAUUAUAAGAAGAAUGAAGUGAGACGAUGGGAAAUUGGAAAAUACAACAACGAAGGAAUUAUAGUGGCAGGUGGAAAUGGACAAGGAAAUCAACUUAAUCAACUCAAUUUACCUGCUUAUAUCUUUGUUGAUGAAGAUCAAUCUGUUUUUAUAUCAGAUAGAAAUAAUAAUCGUGUGAUGAAAUGGAGAAAAGAUG